CCCCCAUCAUUCAAUGGAACUUCUCCUCCAGCUUUGCCAGUGUGUUCCGUACCAGUGCUUCCCGUACGGCCGGUAGUCUACAUUCUUCGUCCACUGGCGGUACCUGGGGCAGUGCCAAGUUACCCUGCAUCCCCAAAGCUAGUUCACCACUUUAGUUCCUUUCCCUACUCCGUACUCUCUUGUCCUCUCAUGUGUUCAUUGACUUUGUUCUUGCUUUGGUUCCUCUGAUCUCCAUCCAUCUUUUCCUCCUUAGGAAAUUCGUCUUCGACGGCCUUGUUCCCCACCGGAUUUUGUGGGAGCGUUCGCUGCUCGAUACUUAAACACCCCGUCAUUCCCAUUGACAUUCUCCUUCAGCAUCACACAGCAAUCCUGUACACUUUACACCAUAAUAUCUACUUUUGUACAGCAUUCUCAUAUUUCUAAUUAUCAACCAUCCAUCUUAUUACUCGCGACUAUGAAGUUUCUUGCUCCCCUUGCUCUGCUCGUGUCCGCGGUGGCAGCCAGCCCUAUCCUUCAAGCUCGCGAUACCGCGAAGAGUUUCUACCUCAAGACCUCCGGUGCUGCCAACGAUGCUCACAACAACCUCUAUGUCUACGCCUACCACACUGGUGCGGGCUUCAACGAUGCCGUGCUCACCGCCGAGAAGUCCACCGCCCGGACCGUCACCUUGAAUGGCACCAACGCCCAAUUCGACCUGGGCACCACGCUUCCCUGGGGUUUCAAGAUGGGUGCCGACACUAACUAUGCUUCAUGGGAACCCGUCCAGAUCAAUGUCGGUUACGGUGACGAAGGUUUCUCCAUCAACGGUACAAGUCUCGAGUGGUCGGAGCAGAACGGUUUCGGCGGCUGGUUGGUCUGCGAAUGGUACCACAACGCUCCUCAGCUCUUCUGGCUCUACAAAUACAUUCCGGCCACAGUCCCUUCCUCCUGCGACAAGGUUGAUCUUACCGUUGAAUAUUCCUCAUGAGGACCCGACACGAGGGACACACAUGAUAACGAACGCUCGUGGUUGACGAAUCAUACGACGCAAAGAUAAAGAUCGGGAGAACACACGCCACCUUCUCUGCGGCUUGACGCUCCAAGAUCUGUUUCAAUACGACGACGGUCAAGAUUUUUCUGUGAUGCUCAUGCUAAUUAAUCGUAAUAAUGACCCGCGAGGACGAUG